AUGGACAUAAAAAGGGAGGAGUAUAACGCAAAGACGUCUACAAUUCCCGCCAUAAUGACAAGGGAUUCCGGUUCGGCGGAGUCACCGCUGCCCGGAGAGAGACCAUGCAUGCAACUCCUAACUCUUCCAACUGCUGCUUUGAGUCGAUCUCGCGGAUGUUCGAUCGCUUCCUAUCGAUCCGAAGACGCAAUUAGUAAUCUAAGUCUUGGUAGUCUUCUUCAACCAGAAUUUGAUGAGGAAUUUCUCAGUGAUGUUUGUUUUCAGGCAGAUGCCAUGAUGAGCCUUUAA